CUUCAGGACUUUCACUAAUUAACCCACACUCGUUUAUUAUGGCUCACCGUCGCGGCUAUUCGCAUCAUCUUGACAUGGGCAAGAUCUCUUUCGAUGCCCCUCCUCUCACGCCUCCGCUCGCCGUCUUCAACGAGUUCCAAGCCUCGAUGAACUCAACAGCACGGAAGCCUAGACAGUAUUGGCAGCGGACAACAUUCCUCGCCCUCUUCACCCUUGUCGUUGUCUCUGUAUAUGUCUUGCUCGUCUCUCAGCCCUCGCUUUCGCCGAUCGGCAAUCCACAAGGCAGCGACAAGUCGUUUGCCAGCAUCGCCACACAGCGCCUCUCGCGUUUGUCUGAAAAAGCGCAUCGUCUCACUGCUGUACAUCGAAAGCGCCCACAGGGCACGACGACGAGCACGUUCGAAGCGGACGCUACCACGGACACGCUCCCCGCGCUUCAGCUCACCCCCGAGCAAGAGCUUGCCGCCGUCACCACCUUCCUCGCUAGCCUGCCUCAGAAUGUCAUCCCAUCGAAUGUCGAUCCUUCCAAGCCGAUAGAUCCUCAGCUCGUCCUAGACUUUGACACUCGGAACCCCCAGGCGCUCACCGAGAUUGCUCAGCUUGAACACGACGCUUGGGUACGCUACCCGGUCGUUUUUUACUCCAAGAUGCACUCUCCCAUUUCACGAGAUCUCGAAAAGAUUAUACUGGAACUUAACUUGUUACCCGGGCCAGCGAUUAUCCCGGUAGAGUACAGGCCGGAUGAGGAGGUGUUGAGGCCUUUGUUAGAAAGGCUCACUGGGGCCUCGGAGCUGCCCAUCCUAUUGGUAGGCGGCAAAAUUAUUGGCACCCCACAAGAAGUGAAGUAUAUGCACUCUAAGGGCAGCCUCGCCCGCGCAAUUAGCGACGCUGGCGCGAUAGUCGACGGCCUGAGGAAGAAGAAGGGCCGCAAGCACUAGACUCCUCCUGUGCGCUGUGCGCCUAGUUUGGUGCGGCGGCUCGUACUCUUCACUUGGGAGUAAUAUUACAUUUAUCUGCUUUGGGUGUAUAGAUACGUUUUCUCAGGGUCUGCUCCUGCUCGAGAUAGAGUAUAGGCACAGUUUGCUUUCUGGUCUUACAGUAACGCGAGCACCUCGCCAUGACGCGCACGUUUUACCCUUUACGUGUAGAGAAUUAUUGUGCUCUCGCAUCACGGUCAGUUGCGUAUAAUGCCACGUACAUGCUUAUUUAUAAUCACAUGGACUGUCGUGCAUGUCAC